AUGUAUAGAGUUGCAAGUGCAUCAGAGUACUUGGUGAUCACCGGGGCAGGCAUCCCAGACAUAAAAAUAGCCAAGAAAGCGUGGAUUCUUCCUGGCCAAUCCUGCACAGUCUUCGACGUCUCACCUGUAAAUUACACCUUUGAAGUCCAAGCCAUGAGUGCCGAAAAGCUUCCUUUUGUUCUCCCAGCGGUCUUCACCAUCGGACCUCGGAUUGACGACGAAAUCAGCCUCCUCAAAUACGCCAAGCUCAUCUCUCCGCACGACAAACUCUCUCACCAUGUCAAAGAGCUCGUCCAAGGUAUCAUCGAGGGUGAAACUCGUGUCCUAUCAGCCUCCAUGACCAUGGAAGAAGUCUUCAGAGGAACCAAAGAGUUCAAGCAAGAAGUUUUUGAGAAAGUUCAGCUUGAACUCAACCAGUUUGGACUCUUGAUCUACAAUGCAAAUGUCAAACAGCUUGUGGAUGUUCCCGGACACGAGUACUUCUCCUACUUGGGCCAAAAAACUCAGAUGGAGGCCGCAAAUCAAGCUAAAGUCGAUGUUGCAGAGGCAAAAAUGAAGGGAGAGGUUGGGGCCAAGCUUCGAGAAGGGCAAACACUUCAAAACGCGGCGAAGAUUGAUGCUGAGACGAAGAUUAUAUCAACACAAAGGGAAGGGCAGGGGAAGAAGGAGGCGAUAAGGGUGAAGACGGAGGUGAAGGUUUUCGAGAACCAGAGAGAGGCUGAGGUGGCAGAGGCGAACGCAGAAUUGGCAAAGAAGAAGGCUGGGUGGAAUAAGGAGGCAGAGGUGGCAGAGGUGGAGUCUAAAAAAGCGGUGGCGCUACGCGAGGCUGAAUUGCAGAGGGAGGUUGAGGUUAUGAAUGCGUUGACAAGAACAGAGAAGCUUAAGGCUGAGUUUUUGAGCAAGGCUAGUGUUGAGUAUGAGACCAAGGUACAAGAAGCAAACUGGGAGCUCUAUAAGAAGCAAAAGGCCGCCGAAGCGAUUUUAUACGAGAGGGAGAAGGAUGCCGAGGCUCAAAAGGUGAUUGCCAAGGCUGCAUUUUAUGCUCGCCAACAAGUUGCCGAUGGAGAAUUGUAUGCAAAGAAGAAAGAGGCUGAAGGACUUAUGGCUCUUGCACAAGCCCAAGGAAUUUACAUACGCACCCUUCUAGACUCAUUGGGAGGUAAUUACGCAGCGUUGAGGGAUUACUUGAUGAUUAAUGGUGGAAUGUUUCAAGAAAUUGCGAAGAUCAAUGCCGGUGCUGUGCAUGGACUGCAGCCAAAAAUCAGCAUUUGGACGACUGGAGGCGGGGGCGAGGCAGCCGGUGGUGGUGGGAGUGAUGCCAUGAGGGAGGUUGCUGGGGUUUAUAGGAUGUUGCCACCCUUGUUUAAGACUGUCCAAGAGCAAACUGGAAUGCUACCGCCUACAUGGAUGGGUGCCUUGCCUGAUUCUAGUCAAUCUACAUGA